AUGUUAAGAUUAACGUUUGCAUGCCUUUGUUGUCUCGUUCUCGGAGAUGGGACAACAAGUUUUGGCAAUCAUUGGAAACUUCCAGGUCUCCGUAGUCAUCUGGAGCUAUCAGAUCCCCUAAAUGCACCUACCAAUUGGCAGACGCGUCAACGGUUCCUUCUGGAUUUGCUGCUCCAAGUCUAUAAGCCUUUGCUCCAUCAGGAGUUCGUUGAAAUGGGAAGCCAACUUAACGAAGAUCCAAGGGAAUAUAAAGAAGGUUCCUGGAAAUUUAUCAAGGAAUUCUUGGAUCGUGUGCGUCAGAAUCGAGUGCCGAGACCCUUUACCAUUUAUAAUCAACUGGAUGAGGAAAUGCCACAGAACCUGUUGGGAGUAUAUCGCUUUUUGGUCCUGGCCAGGGACUGGACUUCCUUUCAACGGAACGCUUGUUAUGCCAGAAUACACUUCCAUCCCAUACUUUUUGUGAACGCGCUUCAGAUAGCAGUGAGGGAAAGAAGAGACACCGAGGAUCUCAGACUGCCAGCCAUGUUUGAAGUGCUGCCUCAACUCUAUUUCGAAAAGGAGGUGAUCCUGGCUGCCCAGGAAAUCGCCUGGCAUCAGUUGACACCCAUUAGACUGGUGACCCCCAAGCGCAGUUGGAAGCAUAUAUUCCUGAGGUAUUUCAGUCCCAGAGAGCCCCUGGCGAAAGAGGAACCCAUGUCAGCGGAUCCUUUGAUCAUUGAUAACGUUAGAGAUUUAGCUCAUCUGAGCAUGGACUUGGAACUGAACUCACAUUGGAACAACCUGAUAAAUCGACUAGUUAUAUCCAUCGAAGAAGCGAAAGAGGGGAUGCAGCAACACGUCAUUAUAGAUGGUGAUCGCCUUGUGGCAUUUCGGGGACCCGGAGAUGAAGACAGCUUCAAAAGGCGGUUAACAAUGGGAUCACACUUGCACAACUCCAAGAUAUAUCUCUUUAAUCUAAAACAGUUUGUGGCUGCCAUGCGUAUGGAGGAUUUGUCUACAGGCCAUCGAUCUGCAGAAGUAAUUGAUCAACCUUUAAUCACUACCGGUGGAAUUCCCUACCACAGCACCUCCUUGGACCUCGAGGCGAUUAGGCGCAUCUUAGACUUGACCAUGGAAGACCUGAAAAACCAAAUCAUCGAUGCGGUCAGUCACAAUAAGGAUUAUUUAGACAAUUCACUUAUAUCAGAAAGAAUAGUAGCAAAUAAUUAUCUCAAUAUUUGCCGCCAUCUAAGUUUGCCCAUCAAUGGAUAUAGAGUAGAUCAGCCUAGUAUGCUGGGCCUGGCAACAUCCAACCUUAGGGAUCCCAUCUACCGAUCGCUUCUCUUUCGCUUAGAGGAAAUUAUAAACAAUUAUGGAAAAGAAAAUGUAACCCAGGAAGACAGAGGGAUAAUGAUACCCUCUAUAAAAGAUAUAGCUGUUAGUCACUUGCUGACUUAUGAGGAAACCGUGUAUACCGAUCUCAUCAACCUGAUUGACCAGCAAAUGCUUCAAUCUCAGCGAAAUAACUUGCAGUUUCUGCGGCGUCAUCUUGUGGCCAGACAACGCCGGCUUAAUCACGAAACUUUCAGCAUUUCCUUAAAUGUGGACGCCCCUGAAGAUAUAAUUGUUCAAGCCAGGAUGUAUCUGGCUCAACCAAAUCAAUCCUCUCCCCAUUUUCACCUAGACGACUUUGUGUGUUCCCUUAAAAAGGGCUUUAAUCAGUUCGAACGGCUGUUUCCAUCAGCCCCCACGGAACCCACUCUAAGUGAACUGUAUGAGGCCAAUUACCCAUCGACAUCAGACAGUUCCAAACGUUUCCCCACACACCUCCUCCUGCCAAGAGGGACUCGAGAAGGACUUAAACUUCAAUUGUUUGUUGAACUCACCGCUUGGACUGGCUGGGAGCAGGAGGGCGAAGGGGUGUCGUUGCCUGUUCUAGCCAAAAGUUUGAAGGAUGUGAUAAUCUUUCAUCGCCAGGCCUAAAACUAUUAUGCGAUAAUAUAUGCUAAAUGGCUAAACUUCUUAAUUGAACGCUCUCUCGUGUGCAUACAUAUUAAACUUACAUAUGUCUGAAUACUUUUGAGUGGGUUUCGUGUCAAUAUAGAUUUCCAAGGAAUAAGCUUUUCCUAUUAUAAAUUACAACGGA